AUGUCGUCCAGCUCGCCGCCGGGCGAGCCCCGGAGCCGCAGCCUGGGCCGGCUGUCGCUGCCCAGGAGAGGCAGCAUGACGCCCGGCAAGAAGGCGGCGGCGCUGGAGCUGGCCGAGAGCGCCCCGAACGCCCACUACGCCCCGCUGGCGGCCGCGCAGGGCGGGCAGGCGCCCGCGGGACGCGGCCCCGAGCGGGAGCGGGAGCGGGCGCCGCGGCUGCGGAGCGAGGUGGUGGUGGUAAGCGCCGACUGCCCGCGGCCCCCCGUCAGCCUGGACCCCCGCGUCUCCAUCUACAGCCUCCGCAAGCCCCUGCUGAGCCGCAGCAGCGUCCAGGGCAGGGUCUACAACUUCUUGGAGCGGCCCACGGGAUGGAAGUGCUUCGUGUACCACUUCACCGUCUUCCUUAUUGUGCUGAUAUGCCUUAUCUUCAGCGUGCUUUCUACAAUCGAGCAGUAUGCAGCCCUUGCCACAGGGACAUUAUUUUGGAUGGAAAUUGUGUUAGUGGUGUUCUUUGGAACAGAGUACGUGGUUCGGCUGUGGUCAGCAGGGUGCCGCAGUAAAUACGUGGGGAUAUGGGGAAGGCUGCGCUUUGCUAGGAAGCCUAUUUCAAUCAUUGAUUUAAUUGUAGUUGUUGCUUCCAUGAUAGUUCUUUGUGUGGGCUCUAAAGGUCAAGUCUUUGCAACCUCUGCUAUCAGGGGCAUCCGUUUCCUGCAGAUUUUGCGGAUGCUGCACGUUGACCGUCAGGGCGGUACCUGGAGGCUGCUGGGGUCAGUGGUGUUCAUACACAGACAGGAACUGAUAACUACACUCUACAUUGGAUUUCUGGGCCUGAUUUUUUCCUCUUAUUUUGUGUACCUGGCUGAGAAAGAUGCUGUAAAUGAUUCUGGAGAAACGGAGUUUGGCAGCUAUGCAGAUGCCCUGUGGUGGGGAGUAGUGACUGUUACAACUAUUGGCUAUGGAGAUAAAGUGCCACAGACCUGGAUAGGAAAGACAAUUGCAUCUUGUUUUUCAGUGUUUGCAAUCUCAUUUUUUGCACUGCCUGCGGGAAUUCUUGGUUCAGGCUUUGCCCUAAAGGUACAACAGAAACAAAGACAGAAGCAUUUCAACCGUCAGAUUCCAGCUGCUGCCUCACUCAUACAGACUGCAUGGAGAUGCUACGCUGCAGAAAACCCAGACUCUUCUACAUGGAAAAUAUACAUUCGAAAACCUGCCAGGAAUUAUCAUCUGCUCUCACCCAGUCCAAAACCAAAGAAAUCGGUGAUGGUUAAAAAGAAGAAAUUUAAGUUAGACAAGGACAAUGGGCCUUCUUCUCCAGACAGGAUGUUGGCUAUACCACACAUCACUUACGACCACGUGGCAGAGGACAGGAAACCUGAUUUCAGUUUUGAGCCAUUUGAAAAUUCUGUGAAAAAGAGCCCAGCGUUCCUAGAUGUGAACACAGGAGCCUUCAUCAGGACCAGCAGCUUCGCCGAUGAGCUUGACCUGGAGGGCGAGACUCUGCUGACCCCAAUAACUCACAUCUCCCAGCUGCGGGAACACCACCGUGCUGCCAUCAAGGUGAUUCGGAGGAUGCAGUAUUUUGUGGCAAAAAAAAAGUUCCAGCAAGCCAGAAAGCCCUAUGAUGUCCGAGAUGUUAUUGAGCAGUAUUCUCAGGGCCACCUCAACCUGAUGGUGCGAAUCAAGGAGCUGCAGAGGAGGUUGGACCAGUCCAUAGGAAAACCAUCUCUUUUUAUCUCUGUCUCAGAGAAAAGCAAAGAUCGAGGAAAUAACACGAUUGGUGCCAGGCUGAACAGAGUGGAGGACAAGGUCACACAAAUGGACCAGAAGCUGAACCUCAUCACGGACAUGCUGCAUCACCUGGUUUCCCGUCAGCAGGGGGAUCAGGGCAGCAACAGAUCAUCCCAGAGAGCCAACAGCAACAUCAGCUCAGAGCUUUUCCACCCCAACAACACUCUGCCCACCUACGAGCAGCUGACAGUCCCGGGAGGGAAUGAAGAUGACAUAUCCUGACGUGGUGCCAGCCUGGGUUGGGUUGUUCCUACUUUUCUCCUCUGGACAGGACUGAGUGUUGAGAACCUGGGGGAAAUGAAGUUCAUCAGCCAACCAAGAAAUCGUGCAACUGCUGUAUCCACACCACUAGUCUCAAACAUGCUCUUCUGAAGUUACCCACAGUAGCCAAAGGAUUGCCAGGCUGUCUUCCACUAGGCAAAACUUCCAGAAGCUCCACGUUGAUUUUGUUCCUAAACAAAUGAUCACAACUUAUUAUUUCUCAAAAAGACCAAAAUUAUGUCAAGACAGGCAAAAUGGCAAGGAUUUAGAGCUCCUGUAAUAAUAAUAAUGAUAAUAAUAGUAAUAAUAAUAUUCUAAUAAUACUUGAACUUAGAUGGAGAAAAAAAUGCAUUCUGUUUAUGAAUCUGCAGAUAGCAAUUUAUUUCUACUACUAAGGUUUUUAAAACAAACUAGGAUAACUUAUGUUGUUUUUAUUGUAUAAACAUACACUAACAUUCUAGACAAUAACAAACCACAUACUGAAUGAUUUUCUUUUUCUGUUUUCUUUUAGUGUUAUUACAUAAACAGUUAUCAGAUAAUGACCAGAUUUUUAAAAUCUGUUUUUCUUCAGGGAGGAACUAAUCCUUAAUCUGGAACAAUACUAUUUAUAGUGGAAAAUGCUAUAGAUUUUCUAAGAUAUCGGUUUUUCAUGGGUUUUUCAGUAAAGUAUUAUAUAGCAAAAAAUCAUUCUGCUUUCUAGAAAAUUGUUGCCAAAGAAUUUGUAUAUAAAUAGAAAACAGUGUUCUGAAUGUACUUGUCCUGAGCAUUUUAAAAGGAAGGCUUUCUACUUCUUAAAUCUAUUGGGUUUUAGCUCACAGAUGCCACAAAUAAUACAAGAGGCUGAAAUGGCUGGACUUCACUGGUCAAGUGUUUGAGCUGGCCACUCACAGAACAUCCAUAAUCCUUGCAGGAGUCGAGGCUUCAGUUCAGGAAAGCAUUUCUAAUCCACACAGCACAUAUGACAAUGUUAAUGUUUUCAUGGAUAAUGCCUUGAGAAACUCCCCACAAGAGUCAGUUGGUAUUGACAAGUGCUGCUCUUUAUUUAGAGAAUUGAGGGCCUCUGCUACACCCCAUGGGGCUGAACCACACUGCCCCACAUGAUGACUGCAAUGAAACCAACAGUGUUGGCUCAGUGUGAGUUCUCACACAACGUGAGCAGGAGUUGGGCUUUGAUUACUAAGGCUGAAAUUACUAAGGCCUUGGUAGGACUCAGCACCUGAAUCCUACCAGUCUUUAAAACUGACAGCCUCAGGAAAAGCUCUUUAGUCCAACGUGCUGCUAGUGGUAGCUCAAACUGCUGGGGAAACAAGAUGUAGAGAGAUUGAUCAGCUCUUGCACUUUGAUCAUCCUCCACAUUCAGUGCACCCUUACUGCAGAGCCUGUACCCCACAGUGGUCUCUCUCUCCUGGGGGAUGCCCUAAAGCCUCAUCCCUUGGCACAGCAGUUAAUAUAUUACCAGUCUUUUGACCAAUAUUACCCAUCUGAAAUACUGAUGCAUAAUGAAUGAGAUCACAGGGAACCUUCUCAUAGGGAACUCCCACAUUCUGAGCUUUCUUUCCAACAUUUCAUCUGUUUGACUUGUACUGCAGAAAAAGCCCUGUAUUAAAUAUCCUGUAUUUAA